AUAUAAGUUCUAGAAUGAAUUCGCUAAAGUGCAAUUUCACGAUCCGUUAUUUCUUUUUCUCAUUAAAAAUAUUAGUUGUUUUUGUUUUGAGGACGUCAAUAUUUAGUUAGAAUGAAACAUGUCCACAAAUGCACAUUCAAUUCACGAAGUACAAGCGACAACUUCCGUUUCUAAAACCCCCAAACCGGACGAAAAACGUUCUCGAACUCUGCUAAACAUCCUCCCCAAACUCCCUUCAAGUGAUUCACUCAGCAAUAGCCCUGGACCGGCAAGUCCUGGUGUUUCCAACUUCAUAGAGAAAUCAGAUCUAAACACAGACAGGUCUCCUGAAACGUGCUCCAAGCUAACAAGGAAGGAGUCGUAUAAGGCACAACGUAAAAACUACCGCAAAGAAAAGAAAAGAGUUACUAAUGAAUUACUAAACUCACUUAAAGACCCCUCAGUUGUUGUUUUAGCUGACUGGCUCAAAAUCAGAGGGACUUUAAAAUCAUGGACUAAGCUAUGGUGUGUCCUUAAACCUGGAUUGUUGCUACUCUACAAGAGCCCCAAAGCCAAAAGCAGCCAUUGGGUGGGCACAAUUUUGCUAAAUUCGUGCAAAGUGAUUGAAAGACCGAGCAAAAAAGACGGUUUUUGUUUUAAACUGUAUAAUCCACUUGACCAAUCAAUUUGGGCCCCACGUGGUCCUGAAAAUGAGACAAUUGGGGCCGUUGUUCAACCCCUUCCAAGUUCCUACUUGAUCUUUCGAGCCCCCUCACAAGCGUCUGGCAUGUGUUGGUUGGAUGCGUUAGAAAUUUCAAUAAGAAACGAUUCGGCUUUAGUCCGCUCAGUUAGUAAUAAAUCGGCUUCAGGAAGCACAAAUCAUGAAACUCAAUGGAACGAAGCUGAUUACGAGAAACAUUUUGAUUUAGAUGAUGUUAGUCAGCCGGAUAACGGUGCUCAGCUUAGUACAGGAGACGGGGAAAUGACUGAUUCCGAUUCGGAAAUUUCGGCCAAAGAGGAAGAUAUUGAUGAGGAUCCACCGGAAACACCGUAUGUUCCUAUUAGUGAAGAGGAGUUUGGUGACGCGGGAGCUCAAGUUGAAGAGUUAGCAGAAGAACACAAGUCACUUAUUUGGUAUCUAGUUAAGCAAGUGAGGCCAGGUAUGGACUUAAGUAAAGUAGUAUUGCCAACUUUUAUCUUGGAGCCGCGUUCGUUUCUUGAUAAGUUAACAGAUUCGUACUACCAUGUUGAUAUACUAUCGGGAGCGGUACUUGAAGACGAUGCUUUUACUCGAAUGAAAAUGGUAGUAAAGUGGUACCUUUCUGGUUUAUAUAAAAAACCAAAAGGUUUGAAAAAGCCAUAUAAUCCUAUCCUUGGUGAGACGUUUCGGUGCUAUUGGUUACACCCCAACGGUUCAAAAACGUUCUACUUAGCUGAACAAGUCUCGCACCAUCCUCCUGUUUCUGCAUUUUACGUUACUAAUAGACAAGAUGGUUUUUCAAUAAGUGCAAGUAUCUUGGCACGUUCCAAAUUUUACGGGAAUUCAACGUCCGCUAUAUUGGAUGGUACCGCAAUUUUAACGUUACUACCAAGAGGUGAAGAUUAUACACUAACCGUACCAUAUGCCCAUUGCAAAGGUAUCCUCAUGGGCACACUUACAAUGGAGUUGGGCGGAAAAGUGUCAAUUGACUGUGAAAAGACUGGAUAUUUUACCGAAAUCGAAUUUAAACUUAAACCUUUUCUGGGUGGAGUUGAACAAACGAAUUGUAUUUCUGGUCGUUUAAAACUCGGGAAAGAAACACUAGCGACCAUUGAUGGCUACUGGGAUGGUACUAUUUACAUUAAAGACAAGCGAACAGGUGAACAACAAGUAUUUUGGAAUUCCACACCACAAGUUCGGAGACAGAGGUUAACAAGGUAUAGCGUCCCCGUAGACCAUCAGGAGGAAUUUGAAUCUGAAAGAUUGUGGCAACAUGUAUCUGCGGCUAUUUUAAGAGAUGACAUGAAUGCGGCAACUGAGGAAAAAACUCUUCUCGAGGAAGCACAAAGAGCGCGUUCUAAAGAACGGAAAGCGAAAUGCGAAGAGUGGGUCCCUGUGCAUUUCCAACAAGACUUAAAAACUGGACAGUGGGUUUACAAACAUUCAGAUUUACGACCGUGGGAUCCUCGAAAUGAUUUAUAUCAGUAUGAGUAUAACUACGUCAUACAAACAAGGACGAAGCAUCCGACUCCCAUGAUUCGCACUGCUAGUAUAAUUAGUGUGGAUCCGCAACAGGGCGAAACGCGUUCUUCGACUCUAAAAGUAACGAAACGGAAAAUGGCGCCAAAGCAAGUCUCGUCUGACGCCGAUGUAAAUGAUAGUGCCACAACUUCGGAAGAAUUUCAUUCCGAUUCCACCCAGUCUGUGAAAAAAAUGCCACUAGCUGCAACAAAUUCUAGUAUUAUGUUGGCAAUCCAUGACCUCGAGCAAAGUCUCCAAGAACAUGGAGAAAAAAUAAGUCAGUUGCAGCGGAACAUAAACCGCGUAUUGGAAUCAAACAUGAAGUCUCGUUUUAGUCCUAGUUUCAUUGAGAUUAUAAUGAUUGUGUGUUUGUUGGGCUUUUUUCAAGCUGUCUUUGUGUAUUUCUUUUAGUUGCAGUUUUAUUGUGCAAUUUAUAUUGUGAUAAAGUCUCGUCACUGAACCAAUGUUUACCAGUUGAUUUACGGGACAGUGGAGAAUUUUUCAGUGUAACUUAUUAGCACCAAAAAUUUUGUUGUGAAUUUGUGUAUUUUUAUUACAAACUGUGCCUUUUACGGGCUCUUUGAUUAUACAAUUGUUCCUGGAUCAAAGCCCUUGUCAGUUUCAUUUUAAAUUUGUUCACAUUGUAUAGUAGGAUGUAAAAUGUUACUUGUGGACCAGGAUAUGUGGAGUUUAAAAAAACACGGCAGAAUCCUACAAAUUUAGCUGUUUUCCCAAAAGUAUACAUCCGAAAAAGAUCUAAAAAUCUACAAAAAUGCCUUUUUUAAAGCAGCCCACUUACAUUAUUUUGUAAUAAAAGCAGCGUUAUUCUUAACUGGAUUGUUUGCAUUUUCCAUAUUGUGAUGUUUUCUUCUUGAAAUCAGCUACCCUCUUUUUUUAUGUGCCAAAUCUUUGGUGGUCUACAGACAUUUGGGUACUUUUAGAGUGAAUGAAGAUUAAUAUUUUUUCAAGGAUUUUAGGCCCUUUUCGGUUGUUUACUUUUGGGAAAACAGCUAAAUUUGUUGGAUUCUGCCUUGUUUUUUAAGACGACACAUAUCAUGGUCCAGAAGCAACAUUGUACAUCCUACUUUGUAUGUAUUUUAUUUGUUAUUCGCUCGUGUAGAUUAGGAACAGUGUUAUGUGAUAUUGAAAGUCUACUUUCAGCGAGAAUUUUUCAAGGUAAAUGAGGGUACUCAUACUUAAAUGUUCGACUAGGGGCGGGGUUAGUAACGUACACACGCGCUAAAUAUUUUGGUCACGUUUCUGUUUUUAAAAUAUACCUACCUAUAUAAAAUGGUACAAAAUGAUUUGUAGUCGUAUAAAUUCGGAUUAGAGCAACUAAAAAUUUUUUUACAUAUAUAGUUCUAGCAACUGCAUGUUAGUCCUUUGUUUUAUGAACAGUUACAGCUUAAUAAAAAAAAACUGACAUUUGAAA